UCCAGAAGAUAAUUUGGCCCGGGGAGAAUUGUUCCUGCUGGUCUUGUCCGUUCUGUGCAUCAUCAUGACAUUCCCCAUCUCUGUCUGCUUCUGCUUACAGGUUGUUACCGAAUACGAAGAGCCGGUCAUCAUGAGGUUCGGACACGUACGGAAAAAUGUCUCAAGAGGGCCAGACAGUCUUACCAAAGUCGACAUGAGGACAAAAGCACUUGAAUUGCCCUUCCAGGAAAUUUUUACUAAGGACCCCCUGAUCAUUGAUGUGGAUGGCGUGGUCUACUACCGAGUCCAAGAUGCCUUUCUUGCCGUGACCAAGAUCUCCGACGCGGAUGCAGCCACCAGCCUUCUAGCCAAAGCCAUCAUGAAGAAUACGCUGGGGAGUCAAACCCUCUCCCACCUCAUCUCCGACCGAGAGAAAGUGGCCAAGGAGAUCCAGGCCCUGCUGGACAAUAUCACAGCUGACUGGGGAGUCACGAUAGAACAUGUGGAGAUCAAGAAUGUGAAGACACGAGUAAAUGUUGUCUCCCCGGGGAAUGUGAUCCCACCACCGAGGGCGGCGAAAGAACUUUCCCUCUUCCUUCAGGACUCGCCCGUCUCCAUCCAACUCCGUUGCUUGAAGGCAGACAGCGCCCAUCCGAGCCCACGCCUCUCCACCAUCGUCUUCCUUUAACCCAGUUCAGCAGAAAAGGAUGGAGAAGGAAGCCCACUGACAGGAGACGUUUCUCCAGAACUUGGGCUGCUUGGGGGAGAAACCAGGGUCCUUCAAACUCCAAGGCCACGUUAGAGGGGUAGAUGGGUAUUGGCUUGUUUUUAAUGUUUUGACGUUGUUCCUAUGGUUCUCCCUCCCCCACAACCCUAAUAAAAUUUAAAGAAAGAGAUUGUCUUGGCACCUGGUCCCCUGUGGUGGCGAGUUCAGAGGUUGUGGACCUUGGAGGUGGCUCCUGGAAGGGAACGGGUUAGCAAAACGAUGGGUGUGAGAACCAUGGUUUCUUCGUGGAUUGGUAAACAGACUGGCAUGGUUUCGUACAACAGGACUGGCAACAAUCGCACGGCUUUCUUUGAAGUGCGCUGUGACUGAAGAACCUCCAAGCGUUGUGGGCUGUUCCCACCACCGGAGGUCUUCAAGAGGAGAUCCGCCUGUCCAGAACGGUCCAUGCGACCAUCCGCCAUAGGAACCGAUUGCCAAGCAUCCAAAUUUUGAUCCCGUGACCUUGGGGGGAAGGCUGCAGCAGUCGCUAAGUGUGAAAAACGGUCCGGUCACAUUUUUUUCACUGCUGCUGUAACUUCAAAGGAUCCGUUGUAAGUCGAGGACUACACACGUUUUAACUAAAUUUCCAAAACCGGCAAGCCCUUUACUGAUUCUAUACAAGCUUUAUUAAAGGCUGUUUUCUUCAAAACAGCAGCAAGCGGGUUCAAAACGAUACAGUUCGUGGACAGGUCUCGGCUACCGGUGAGCUUCUUGAGCGAAUUUUUAAUUUUUUUAUUUUAAAAAAA